AUGAAGGAUGGACUCCUCUUCAUGUGGCAUCCCAAAAUGGUUGUUAAAUUACUGAUUGAUAAUAAAGCAAAUGUUGACACUACGCAAAAGAAAGGAUGGACUCCUCUCCAUUUUGCAUCCCAAAAUGGUCAUCUUGAGGUUGUGAAAUUUUUGAUUGAUAAUAGAGCAAAUGUUGACACUACGGACAAUGAAGGAUGGACUCCUCUUCAUGUUGCAUCCCAAAAUGGUCAUCUUGAGGUUGUAAAAUUACUGAUUGAUGAUAGAGCAAAUGUUGACACUACGGAAAAUAAAGGGAUUACACCUCUGUAUGUUGCAUCCAAAAAUGGUCAUCUUGAGGUUGUGAAAUUACUGAUUGAUAAUAAAGCAAAUGUUGACACUACGCAAAAUGAAGGAUGGACUCCUCUUCAUGUGGCAUCCUUAAAUGGUCAUCUUGAGGUUGUAAAAUUACUGAUUGAUAAUAAAGCAAAUGUUGACACUACGCAAAAUGAAGGAUGGACUCCUCUUCAUGUGGCAUCCCAAAAUGGUCAUCUUGAGGUUGUUAAAUUACUGAUUGAUAAUAAAGCAAAUGUUGACACUACGCAAAAGAAAGGAUGGACUCCUCUUCAUGUGGCAUCCCAAAAUGGUCAUCUUGAGGUUGUUAAAUUACUGAUUGAUAAUAAAGCAAAUGUUGACACUACGCAAAAUGAAGGAUGGACACCUCUUUAUGUGGCAUCCCGAAAUGGUCAUCUUGAGGUUGUGAAAUUUCUGAUUGAUAAUGGAGCAAAUGUUGACACUGUGGAAAAUGGAGGACGUACACGUAUAGCUCAUGUCGCUGCUGGCACCGCUAGUCACAAUUCAGCAAAAUCGUCUCUUCUCCCCGGCCAUGGACAGCACCGCACUAGAACUUUUCCCCGUAGCCUGUUUAGCCUACGAGCGAUCACUUUUCUUCUUUUGUCCUUCUUCUCGAUUAUCACCCUUGCUCUUCAGUGCCUCAAACCGCAAGCAGUCUAGCUUCAUGUGGCCCUUUUUCUUACAAAAGAAGCACUCAAUGUCGGACUUUUCUUCACAACACGGUGCGACUUCAUGCACGCAUUCGCAUCGCCGAAUGAUCCAUGACUGGAUUGCACCUUCCGACGGUCGUUCUCGUCCAAGAGUUUCGAUCGGACCAGCUCGACUGUCAAGUCCUCAUCUGAUCUACCUUCCAGCGCUGUGGCCAUCCCGCUCUAGGAGUUUUCCUUUUCAAUCAUCGUCAUCAAUUUUCGCGAUGAUGAUGGUUGAUGACUGUGCGCAUUUCUAGCGUAGCUUUUUAUACAGGCGAAAACAUGAAUGGAGAAUAAUUUUUAAAAUAUUUCUGAUCACAAAAGUGCUUUUUUAAGUGAAAAAUGGGUAACAAAGUGGUAGCUGAUACAGUAACCAGGUAUAAUCUAGCAGUAUCGAAAAUUUUUGGAUCUGGAUUUGGAUUUGCCAUUUUCUCCAUGUUCCCGUUUGGUAAGAUGAGGCGUCAGUUGACGCAGUUGCGACGCUCAGCUGUUCCGAAACGUCUCGUAAAAUGGCUUAUUCCAAACUUUCUAGCUGUCAAUUCUGACACGCUUAAAUAAAACGCACGAUAAAAUCAAGCAUACAUGCUCAUAUAAAGCAUGCACGCUCAAAUCAAACAUGCAC